ACGAAGGCUCCGCGCUCCUGUAGUUGAAGUUGAAACCCCCCAAACCAUCUUCAUCUUCUUCUUCUGUGAGGCGUCAGGGGACACUGCUGUCUAUGGCUUCUCGCAACGGUCGUCGUCGUCGCCGGAGAGAAGAUGGAGCUGUCGAGCGGGAGGUCGCGACCGGUCCUCGUCUUGGGAGCCGUUGCUUCUUCAAGAUCAUACUCUCCAACGCCCUUGAAUCUGGAAAGCUUGGAAUUCCAAAGAAUUUCUUGCGAAGAUGUGGAAAGGAUCUCCCAAACUCGGUGCUUCUUAAGGUUCCAGGCAGUUCAGCCUGGACUAUUGAACUAGAAAAGUGUAACAAUGACUUGGUUUCGUUGUGGAAAGGUUGGCGGGAAUUCAUGGAGCAUUACUCUAUUGGUCUUGGUCACCUCAUAGUUUUCAAAUAUAAAGGGAACUCCACUUUUCAUGUAAUAAUAUUCGAUAAGAGUGCUUCAGAGAUAGAUUAUUCAUUGAGCAGCAGCAAAAUAUCGUACUUUGGGAGUGAAUUUCCCUCACCAAAAUCAGAAGAUGUCCUAGAAGCAGAAGAUCUGCAGGAUUCCACACCCUGUCAAAGAAUGAGGGUUGAACCACAUUUACCUUAUUCUCAGCUAAGUCUGAGCUACCCACCACAAGGUUUGGAAGUUUUUCAUGUUCCUACACCUCUGAGGCCUCUCACUGCUCCUGAAUUAUCCAAUAAGUUUUAUUCAGAGAAUCCCUUCUUCAAACUGGUGAUAAAUCAGGGUGGAAAAAUGAAUAUUCCUGUUGGAUUUGCCAGGCAAUAUAUUCAAGAAAACAGGGAAAUGGCGAUGCUUAGGUCUUCAGAUGGAUCGUGGCUGGUGAAGCUUUUAAGAACUUUGCGGGAUCACCAGGCAUGCUUCUCUGCUGGUUGGACUGCAUUUGUAAGAGAAAACUGUCUGCGCGUAGGAGAUGUCUGCAUGUUUGAGCUCAUUGAUAGGGAUGACAUUGUGUUCCAAGUCUCCAUCUGCCGUAGUGCAGUUACAGACCGGAUUCACAUUGAUUGA